UGGCCGCAGCGUCUGCGACUCGACCUCGGUCCCUGGGACGCCGGAGUGGCACCGGGACACACGUAUGUGCCGAUGGUGGAACGCGACUCGCCACAAGCGGAUCCGGAUCCCGUCUGCCCGAUCACACCGGCAUGGCCACGAGGACAGCCUUUCACCGUGCUCACCGAUCCGCCCCCUCCAGGCCCCGGUCUCCACGACUCGGGACUCGCCCUUAACAACGCGAGAGUCGGCGAAGGACAUAGCGUCGCUCACAGCCAGUCUAGCAUGUACGGCUCGUCGAUGCUGCUGAAAGCGCACAAGCGACGCCGACUGGCGCCCAUCGGAGAGGAACUUAAUGUUUUACCUGCCUCCAAAAAGGCAAUCUCAUCCAGGAUUGUCCGUCUAUCAUCAGCUCCCCCAACGGGAUUCGAACCCGGCUAUGGAAUAUCGUCAGGUGGCACUGGGUCACAGGGGGGGGGCGACAUUCACGACUAG